AAAGCUAAUUUCAGGCAACAGUGUAGAGUAGAGUGAAGCGAACGUUUUCUCUCUCACCAAAGCGCCAUAAUUUCCUCUCUCUCUCUCUCUCUCUAAACAACAGGAUUGAAUUCUCACAGCUUGAAAAUGGCGAUCGCCUCUCGAAAUCCCCAAUUCAUACUAAAUAUUCUGACGAUAUCACGGCCUUUCGUUGCGCAUUCAAUGUCUGGUACAAAUGGAAAAGGUGCAUAGUGUUUCGAUUUUUUGGUUUUCAUAAAAAUAAUCUUCUUUUUCGUAUACGGAGGGAUCUGUGUGUCGGUGUGCUCGAAUCUUUCAGAUCUGGACGCUUCCUCUGAGCUGCAUCGGCGAUGUCGGUGCUCCCGAUUUUCUCUAAAGCAUCUAGCGGCAGUGGAGCAUUAAACAAGGUCCAAUGGCUGGUGCUGAAGCAGUUGCUUGUUUUGUGUUUUGUUUUAUACCUCACCGGUGCCAAUAUAUUCGAUGCCCUAUUGGAAGAAAGCUUAGUCUCACCCAAAACAGCUCCUUUAGCUGCACCUGCUAUUCCUGGUCUUCCCCUGCCAGCCAGUCUGCCUAUGUUCCAUAAGCCAGGUCGGAAUUGUUUUUUGCCUCAUGGUGCUCGAAAGCUUAUUCAAGCACCGUCUCAGCCUCCAAAUUAUGGCCAGUUGACAACUUCCAUUCACCCCCCAUCAAGCUCACGUUUGUCGAAGCUAUCAUUGAAGAAGAGAGUGCCUUCCAAUGUCGAACUUGCACCUCCUGGUUUGUCUGAUAUUGCCCCAUCACAAUCUCGUGCUGGAACAAUUCCGGCCAGAUUAGCUCAGCCACCGCUAUCUCCAUACGCCUCCAAUUGCUGUGGACUAGACAUGGUCCUGAAACGAGGUAGCCGGGAUUGCCAGUGCGUGUACCCCAUAAAGCUCGACCUUCUCCUGAUGAAUGUCUCAUCAAGCCCAAAUUGGGAGCUUUUUCUAGACAAUUUUGCCUCUAAACUUGAUUUGCAGGUUUCUCAGAUUGAGUUGAUCAAUUUUUAUUUGGUCGGUGUAUCGGGACUUAAUAUUUCAAUGGAUAUUACUCCUGAUAGUGGAAUAAGUUUCUCUGCUAGUGAAGCUUCUGCUAUAAACUCUUCACUCUUCACGCAUAAAGUUCAACUGGACCCUUCUUUAGUGGGUGAUUAUGAACUUCUCAACCUGACCUGGUUUAAGCCCCUUGCUCCUUCUCAGGCUCCCCGUAUUGCUACAUCACCAGCACAAGCACCUCCACACCUGCCCUCAACUCCGACAUCAUUUGUAGCUUCAAGCAAAGGGAAGCAACCAAAUUUGGUUCUUAUAGUUGGGAUUGGAGCUGGUAUCCUGAUCAUUGGCAUUGUUGCUGUUUUUAUCAUAUGUUCCUGUUCUUCUCGUCAACGGAAGACAAAAGCAUCUUCUACUAAUGAGAUUGCAAAGUCAAGGCCUGCGGAUGCAGUUCCAGCAGUGGGAUCUCGUCGCCACCCUACUACCAGCACACGCUUUCUUGCAUAUGAAGAACUUAAAGAAGCAACAAAUAACUUCGAACCUGCUAGUAUACUCGGAGAGGGUGGGUUUGGCAGAGUUUUCAAAGGCGUCUUAAGCGAUGGUACAGCUGUAGCAAUAAAGAGGCUUACUAGUGGAGGGCAGCAAGGGGGUAAAGAGUUCCUCGUUGAGGUUGAGAUGCUUAGUAGGUUGCAUCACCGAAAUCUGGUUAAACUUGUGGGUUAUUAUAGCAGUCGUGACUCCUCGCAAAACCUACUUUGUUAUGAGCUUGUCCCAAAUGGAAGUUUGGAGGCCUGGCUUCACGGUCCAUUGGGAUUGAAUUGUCCUUUGGAUUGGGAUACUAGGAUGAAGAUUGCACUUGAUGCUGCUAGAGGACUGGCGUACCUGCACGAGGACUCCCAACCUUGUGUUAUCCACAGAGAUUUCAAGGCUUCCAAUAUAUUGCUUGAGAACAACUUCCAUGCUAAAGUUGCCGAUUUUGGCCUUGCCAAACAAGCGCCCGAAGGCAGGGCAAAUUUCCUGUCUACACGUGUUAUGGGCACAUUCGGGUACGUAGCCCCUGAGUAUGCUAUGACUGGGCAUCUACUGGUAAAAAGUGACGUCUACAGUUAUGGGGUUGUCCUACUUGAGUUGCUGACCGGAAGGAAGCCGGUGGAUAUGUCCCAACCAUCAGGACAGGAGAAUCUUGUUACUUGGACAAGGCCAAUUCUAAGAGAUAAAGAUAGGCUAGAGGAACUAGCAGAUCCAAGGCUUGGAGGGAAGUACCCAAAGGAAGAUUUUGUACGGGUUUGCACAAUAGCAGCAGCUUGUGUGGCCCCCGAGGCAAGCCAAAGGCCCACAAUGGGAGAAGUGGUACAGUCACUUAAAAUGGUGCAGCGCAUCGUGGAGAAUCAGGAUUCCAUGUUGAGUUCCUCCAAUGCCACCCGGCCCAACCUUAGGCAAUCAUCUACUACAUUUGAGUCAGACGGGACAUCCUCCAUUUUCUCUUCUGGUCCUUACUCUGGUUUAUUAAGUUCCUUUGAUCAUGAUAACGUCUCUCGGACUGCUGUAUUCUCUGAAGAUCUUCAUGAAGGACGAUGAGGAGUUUUACAAGUUCAUCGGAAAUUAUGUCCACAGUUUUGUGAGAUUGAGGACUUCGCAUUUGGAUGAUCCUGAGCCGGAUUUGGUGGAAAUGGAAAACAAUUUCACAAUGGCUGUAACUGAUUGGGGCUGAGAAGGUGGGUAGAUCUUCCAUCAUCCACAAUGAAGAACCAUUGUUCAGUUUUCCCCUAGGCGGCAGUCAUUCUUCACAUGGUGGAUGAAGUGUGUGCAUAUAUGCCAGGUAGCUGUCUUUUUGGUUUUUUUCAUUAGAUUGCCUUCGAAGGUUUCUGAAUUAUUUCCUUGUUUUAUUUGAUUCGUUCUAUAUUUUCCCGUUUCACUUGGGUUUCAACGUCUUUGUGGUUCUUCCUAUCUGAGAAAUGUGAAGGAAAACUGUUGGAAACACAACUGAACUUAUUUGAUGGAACCCCCAAUGGUCCUGGGACACCGGCUGUGAUUGUAAUGUUCCUUGGACACAACGGCCCUGGGACAAGGAUUGGUAUGUAACAUGCCAACAAAACGAGUAAGCAAUUGUGCGAAAAUCCAUUCUUUCUAUUAUGGUGAAACCAUUGUGAAUAUGUUUAACAGGAA